UCAAACGCUCCCAACACACAUCCAAGCGUUUCUUGAUGGAGCUUCCGAUGGUGCCAUCUACUUUUCGUUAGGGUCCAACUGCGAAAAGCACUAAUUUACCGAGAAACAUAUUGGACGCUUUGCUAAAAGUCUUCAGAUCCCUUAAACAGAGAGUACUAUGGAAGUGGGAAGAUGACACCUUGCCUGGGAAAUCCGAAAACAUAAUGAUUAGUUCGUGGUUUCCGCAGAGUGCCAUUCUGGCUCAUCCUAAUAUGAAACUUCUUAUAUCACACGGUGGUUACUUAAGUGUGAUGGAGGCAGUAUACCACGCAGUGCCAAUUAUUGGACUUCCAAUUAUGGGAGACCAGCCUGCAAUCACAGCACGGUCGGAAAAGGCGGGCUAUGGGCUGUAUCUUUCUUGGGAAGAUCUCAGUGAAAAGAGUCUGAGAGCGGCAAUACAUGAAGCUUUGUCGAAUACUAAGUAUGCAGAAAAUGUAAGACAGGCUUCUAUCAGAUUUCGAGAUCAGCCGAUAACCCCUCUGAAUCAGGCGAUUUUCUGGGUGGAAUAUGUGGCGAGACACAAGGGAGCUCCUCAUAUGCGGUCGGCGGCUCAGCAUUUGUCCAUUAUUGAAUAUCAUAAUCUGGACGUAUACACUUUAUUUUUCCUUACAAUGGUAAUAUUUAUUUAUAUUUUAAAAUGUUUAAUUUGUCGAACAGUCAAAGCACAUCAUUCCAAAUUCUCCAAAAAAAUUGACAGUAAAGUGAAAUUCCAGUAACAUUAAUGUAAUUUUGUUUAGAAAAGAUAUUUUCAUAAAAGUUUCUGCAGUAGAUGCAUAUGUAUGUGUCUUAACGAAA